CGAUACCAGUCUUCGUCGUCAUUUCAAUCGGUAAAGUAUCGUUUCUUGUUGCACUUGAGUGAGGCUCUGUGUAAAGUUUAAUAUCUUGCAUGAGAUUUUAAUGGUGGAUUAUUAAGUUUUUUCGUAAUUAUUUCAUCAUAAGUUUUUGGAAUUCCUUAAUAUCUUCAAGAAAAUUAGAUUGAACGAAUCUCAACGUGCUUUUGACCUUUGGAUCCAUUUGUGCUAAAAAAUAAAAAACGAAAAUGAGUUUGGUUUGGAGUUUAAUCGCAUCUUUCCUGUACGUCGAGAUCGUUAUCGUGCUACUGCUGGUACUUCCGGUGGCCAGCCCUCAACGAUGGCAACGAUUCUUCAAGAGCCGCUUCCUGGCUAUGUUGAGCCGGCAGGCCCAGACCUAUUUCUAUCUGUUGCUGUUUGUGCUAGUCCUGUUUCUGCUGGAGGCCAUCCGGGAGAUGCGCAAAUAUUCGCACAGCGGUGAGUUAGAUCACGGCGCUGAACAUCUGAACGUUGGUCUGCAAAACAGUCUCCGUUUGUUCCGUGCCCAGCGUAACUUCUAUAUCUCCGGCUUCGCAAUCUUCCUGUCCCUUGUAAUCCGCCGUUUGAUUUCGCUCAUCACAACCCAGGCUCAGCUGCUGGCUCAAUCGGAGGCUUCCAUGAAGCAGGCCCAAAGUGCUACCGCUGCUGCCCGCAGUCUGUUGACCCAGAAGAAGGAUGACGAAACCAAGCCAUCGGCUCCUUCAGCCGAUGAAGUUGCUGUUGACGAUUUGAAGAAACGCAUCAGCGAACUGGAAACCGAGCUGGCCCGGGAACGCAAAGAUAAGGAAGCGAUGAAAUCUCAAUCGGAAAGCUUGAACCGCGAAUACGAUCGGCUUACGGAGGAGUUCAGCAAACUGCAGAAGCGAGUAACGAUUACCAGCAACGAUAAGAGCGAUUAAAUGGUCAAUCAAAACCCCGACCUAUCAUCUAUCCACGUUCUGUUUAUGGUAAUGAGGUGGCGUUUAUUAGCACUCUGAAUUUUAACAGCGAUACGAGGAUGGUAGCAUCUCGUAAUUGUUUGUUCCCCUGAAUAUAUUAGUAAGACAUGUUCGUUUUUUGGUGAAUUGUACUUGAAUUCUGGUAUCUAGAGCUUAUCUCGAAUCGAUUAUCAAUGGUAGCGCGAUUUCGAUGACAAAGGACUGUUCAGAAAAGACUCUUUCAAAAAAAUUAAAUCAAUUCAAAGAUUACUUAUGGUAAUUUAGUGGAGCUAAUUCACACACAUAAAAUGCAGGAUGCUCCAAUUUUUUCCUUAACCAUUACAUCGUCAUUUCUAUUUAAACUGUUAUAAACCUGUAAAUCUAAGGAAUGGAUAAUAAACUUGAAAUUGAAUUUCUAA